AUUGCUCCUCCCGCCGUGUAAUCUCACUAGUGUCGUCUUCCUUAGCGUCCGGAGAGCUUCGGAGGAGACCGCAUCCAUGCACGACUCCUUUGUUACCCACAAUUCCUCCUCCUGGCAGGGGGAGCCCCCGCUGUCACGCGGCGGCUUUAUCCUGCUCUCCGCGGUCAUGGCCCUUUUCACGGGGCCGGCCGUGGUGCUCAACGCUACAGUGAUCAUCGUGUCCCUGCUGCACAAGCAGCUGAGGCAGCCGCUCAACUACGCUCUGGUGAACAUGGCCGUGGCAGACCUGGGAUCAGCCGUGACCGGGGGGCUUCUGUCUGUGGUGCACAACGCCCAGGGGUUCUCCUCCCUGGGAAGAACAGGCUGCGUGAUGGAGGGCUUCGCCGUGUCCCUGUUUGGCAUCACGUCUCUGUGCACCGUGGCCCUGAUUGCCGUUGAGAGGAUGUUUGUGGUGUGCAAGCCUUUGGGUCACAUGACCUUCCAGAAGAAGCAUGCGCUGGCUGCCAUCGCCUUGUCCUGGAUCUGGUCCCUCACGUGGAACGUGCCGCCUCUGCUGGGGUGGGGCAGGUACGAGCUAGAGGGGGUCGGGACUUCCUGUGCGCCCGACUGGCGCAACCGAGACCCUCACCACAUGUCCUACAUCCUGGUUUAUUUCGCCGUGUGCUUCGCUGUCCCGUUUGUCGUCAUCCUGGUGUCCUACUCCAGAUUGAUGUGGACUCUGCACCAGGUGUCCAAGCUGGCCUGCCUUGAAGGAGGUGCAGUGGCUAAAAAGGAGCUAAAGGUGGCGUCCAUGGUGGUCCUCAUGGUCCUGACCUUCCUCAUCAGCUGGCUGCCUUAUGCAGUUCCAGAGGUAUGUGGUGCCUUUCCUGCUGUGCAAAGAGGUGAGGAUCCAGGAAGACACAUCAGAAGUUGUCACCACUGUGGAGAUGAGCACCAACAAAGUGUCUCCAGCCUGAAAGCCUACAAUCACACAAUCGAAAACGACACACUUUUGUGUACUGUUUGCAGUACAAAUGACAAUCCUUACUCAGUUAAUUCCAAGAAAAAUAUCCAUCCGUCCAUUUUUUUUUCGCUAAUCCGUGGUCGGGUGGCGGGGGCAGCAGCCUAAGCAGGGAAGCCCAGACUUCCCUCUCCCCAGCCACUUCGUCCAGCUCCUCCCGGGGGAUCCCGAGGUGUUCCCAGGCCAGCUGGGAGACAUAGUCCUCCCAACGUGUCCGGGGUCUUCCCCGUGGCCUCCUACCGGUUGGACGUGCCCUAAACACCUCCCUGUGGAGGCGUUCGGGUGGCAUCCUGACCAGAUGCCCGAACCACCUCAUCUGGCUCCUCUCGAUGUGGAGGAGCAGCGGCUUUACUUUGAGCUCCUCCCGGAUGGCAGAGCUUCUCACCCUAUCUCUGAGGGAGAGCCCCGCCACCCGGCGGAUUAAACUCAUUUCGGCCGCUUGUACCCGUGAUCUUGUCCUUCCCAAGAGCUAGCUUAUGUAGCCGAGGAUCGGACCUCCAAGCGCCCUGCCUUCGGCUGCCGCCCGGCUCACACUGCACCCGACCUCUAUGCCCCCUCCUAUGAGUGGUGAGCCCAUUGGAGGGGGGGACCCACUUUGCAUUUUCGGGCUCUGCCCAGCCGGGCCCCAUGGGGACAGGCCCGACCAUCGCCCUGGCUCCAGACGGGGGCCCCGAUGACCCACGUCCGGCCGAGGGAAAUCUAAGUCCUUGUUUUUAAAUUUCCAUAAAGGUCUUCUAUGAAAAAAAUAAAAAAUUCAAAUAAAGACGAGGCCCAAAUGAAACCAAUAACAUGUUUUGUUACAAAACCAUGAAGGUUUUAUUAAAGCAUUUGCUACUAAGAUUGAUGGAAACAAAACCAUAAACAUUUAGGAGCAAAUAUCAAGACUUUCAAGUAGAGAACAUGACUGUCUUCUCCAUACUUUAUACAUAUUUUACAUCUUAUAUUUAAUACAGAACAUUAAGAAAAAUCAUCCUAUUUUUUUACCAUAUGAAGAAGAAAACCACGCUGGUCGAUAGAGACAAACAUGACGCAACGUCCAAACAGAAAUGAUCCACAAACACCACGAAACGAACGCAAAUGAAAAGUGCUAAAAUCACAUAAACGCUGCAGGAUUUUUAAAAGAUGCAAAAGAAAAAUGUCUGCAAAUGCCAGAAACACAAACGAAUAAAUAAAACAAGUUUGUGACAAAAAUGCUGAAGUUUGCAGAUGAAAACCAAAGACUACCAAUAAACAAUAACUAGCAACCAGACCAAGUUUCUGAUUACCUGACCAACUUCCUGUUUAACCAGUAGUUUGGUUGGAUUCCUGAUAGCUUGGUUAAUUUCCUGGCAGACUGACUAACUUCCUGGGGCCGUACUUAUCAAGCUUCUUAGAGUGCCAUUUUACACUUAAGUCCUGAGAAUUUGCGAAAUUUAGUCCUACUCUCAAACUUAAGAAUAAAAGCUUUUUAUCAACGUUCUUAAGUCUAAGAAUCACUCCUACUCUCCACGAUAUUUAAGAGACCUUCAGAGGUGUCUUAAGUGGUUAGGAGUUGCCAGCAGGGGAUGGCACUGAGGCGAGAGAGACGUGCGCGAACAUUCAGGGAGCGGAACGAUGUUCUGGAUUUGUUUGAUGACGAGCAGCUGAUCAAACGGUAUCGUUUAGACAGAGCGGGUAUUAUUUUUGUCACAGAUUUAAUACUUUUCGAUUCCAUGUUGAUUUCUGCAUGUGGCUGCAGUGGGCUAGUAUAUAUAGAGCCACCCACACCAGUUUCAAAUUAGUUGCCUAAUUAAUGAAUUGGAAAGAAAAUGUUAUGACAGUAGCGUAUGUGUGUGGCCGUGAGGUGAGUGACGUCAGUGAGUGUGUGGGCGACAGAAGAGAGGGAGCGGUAGCGGGAGUGCCAGCGGGGACUAGUUUGUUUUGUAUUAUUUUGUUGUUUAUUGUCAAAAUAUACUCUCCCAUUGUCCACUUAAAUAUUUCCAAGAUAUUUCUUUAUUCUUAGACAACGGAUUCCCUUCCGUGAUUGGUCAUUACUAUGGACACAGAAAUGACGUCACCUAAAAUUCCAUUUACGGCACAUAGUAAUGUCGUAAUUCAGCUCUGAGUGUGACACUUAAGAUUCAGUCCUACACUUCGCUGAAAGUGUGAGUAAGACGCUUGAUAACUAACUUUUAAGUGCAGCUUUCAGCGAAGAAUUUAUUUACUGUUAAGUCAACUCUUAGCAGACUUCUUAGGAGUAAUUCUGAGAAGCUUGAUAAGUACGGCCCCUGGUCACCAGAUUACUUUCCUGGUAAAUUGGUUAAUUUCGGUAACCUAGUAAAUUUAAGUUAAGUUAGGUAAAGUACCAAUGAUCGUCACACACACACUAGGUGUGGUGAAAUUUGUCCUCUGCAUUUGACCCAUCCCCUUGUUCACCCCCUGGGAGGUGAGGGGAGCAGUGAGCAGCAGCGGUGGCCACGCCCGGGAAUCAUUUUGGUGAUUUAACCCCCAAUUCCAACCCUUGAUGCUGAGUGCCAAGCAGGUUCCUGUUAACAUGGUUAAAUUACUGGUUGUAAGACUAAUUGCCUGAUAGUUUGGCAGCUUGCUUAACUUUCUAAUAGCCAGACUAACUUCCUGGUAUACGAGUAACUUUGUGUUAGCCUGGCUGACUUUUGUUCCGUCAACUUGCAGCAUUUCUCUUAUGCAGUAGUUUUCUAGGUUUUGUGCAUAUUUUCUGGCAGUUGCCGCAUUUUUUAAAAUCCUGCAGCGUUCAUGUGAUCGCCUCAUUUUACCGUUGCUAUGGUUUAAUGGCGUUUAUGUGUUGUGGAUCACUUCAGUGUUUGGGAGCAGGUGACAUAAAUGUCAGGUUUGGCUGUAAACUAGUUAUUUUCUUUUGCCCCCCAGCAGAGCACGAGGCUCUCCAAUUUUUUCCGCAGGAUGACUUGUGAGUGUCCACUAAAGCAUGUCAUGUAAUAUUACGUCACAAAAAGAGUACAAAAAAGUGGUCACCUUAAAACACAAAUGAGUUUAGAAAAGGAGGAAGAAAAGCACUAUACAGUUAUUACUUGUGCAAAGACAAACAGCAAUGUGCUAAUAUUGAAAUAUUGGUAGUCACCGUGUACUCUUUUUUUUUUCUUCUUCUUCUUCAGGAAUUCCUGACAUGAGGUAAAAGUUAUUUUCAUCUUUAGUGUAACUUUUACAAAAAAUGCAUAUCUUCACUUCAUCAGUUGCUACGAAUGUACGAUGUGCCGCUUCAUGUGCUGUCCUUUUUGCGGAAAACACAAUUUUUCUUGUUUUGUUUUUUAAACUGACAACAAUUCAAAGAGCCCUUUCAAUGUGCACACAAAAUGGAAACAAAAUCUACAUCAUCUAGACAGUCAGGCUGCGUUCACACUUGUGCUUCGGUAAACAAACAAAAAUAAGUUUGUUUUAGGUUGACAUGCAGAGCCUCACUUAUGUUGGAAAAUAUAAUAACAAAUACAAAAAAUUAUAAAUAUUGAUAUUUGUCAAUUAACUUUAUGAAUGUGUUUUAUAUUAUUGUAUUUAACAUUUUUUAAAGUAAAAACUGCUCAUAUCAAAUCUGCACAUUUCCCUAUCUGAUCCGAGGCUGCCCAGUUUGCUGCUUAAAUUUUUACUCUCAUAAUAAUUUAUGUAUUCUUGUAAAAUUCGAUUUUUGUUUAGUUUUUAUAUUACAUUUCUUUGUAAAUAAAAUAGUAUUUUUUAAAUUUUAAUAUAAAAAUAGCAUUUUAAAAAAAAUAAAAUUGUAAUGACAUUUUUUGACCCGUUCUUUGAAAAUUUAAUUUUUUUUCUUAGGAAUUCACAGCGUUGUCUUGUGAUAU